AGCCCUUAGCUACCUCGUCUAUAAUUUGGCAUAACUGUCGGGAUUGUGGCAUUACGUUUACGGCGUAUUGCCCUCUGUGUUUUUGUGUUAACUAUUUUUCGGUGAGAAUUGGGUUUCCGCAACGAUUCUCACAUUUCGACUUCCCACGAAAUAAAUUGCGAUGGACACAAAAAUGGAGGAAACCAACAAGAACGCCGUGACGCCGGAGGAGAUGACCUCUCGGGAUUAUUACUUCGAUUCCUACGCCCAUUUCGGCAUUCACGAGGAGAUGCUGAAGGACGAGGUGCGAACGCUCACGUACCGGAACGCAAUGUACCACAAUAAACAUCUCUUCAAAGGGAAGGUCGUCCUCGACGUUGGCUGUGGAACUGGUAUCUUAUCCAUGUUCGCCGCUAAGGCGGGAGCAGCAAAGGUGAUUGCUGUUGAUUGCUCGAAUAUCGUUGAUUACGCACGGCAAGUGGUGAUUGACAAUAAACUGACUGAUGUGAUUACUGUUAUCAAGGGAAAGGUCGAGGAGGUGGAAAUGCCUGAUGGGAUUGAGAAAGUUGAUAUUAUUAUAUCAGAGUGGAUGGGGUAUUGUUUAUUUUACGAAUCGAUGUUGGACACAGUGUUGUUUGCAAGAGAUAAAUGGCUGAAACCGGACGGAAUGAUGUUCCCAGAUAGAGGAACUCUAUUUAUAACGGCCAUUGAGGACCGUCAGUAUAAAGACGAAAAGAUCAACUGGUGGGAUGACGUGUAUGGAUUUGAUAUGAGUUGUAUCCGAAAAGUUGCAAUAACAGAACCAUUAGUGGACGUGGUGGACCCUAAGCAAAUUGUGUCUACAUCGUACAUGAUCAAAGAAGUUGAUUUGUAUACAGUGCAAAAGUCUGAUUUAGAAUUUUCGUCGCCAUUUCAACUAGUUGUUAAACGAAACGAUUUCGUUCAGGCGCUCGUCACAUAUUUCAACAUAGAGUUUACGAAAUGUCAUAAACGUUUAGGAUUCAGUACGUCACCAGAGGCUGCUUAUACACAUUGGAAACAAACGGUUUUCUAUUUUGACGAGUAUAUGACUGUGAAGAAGGGCGAAGAUAUCUAUGGAACGUUCAGUAUGAAGCCUAACGCCCGUAACAAUCGCGAUCUCGAUUUCACAAUGGAGGUUUCCUUCAAAGGUGAACUAUCGCAGAUGCAUGAAAUGAAUCAUUAUCGAAUGCGCUGAAUUGACUCGAUAAACUCAACCGCCUCCGCCUUUCUCCCCUUCCACAUCCAUUGUACUAUGACUGUUUGAGUUUUAUUUCUUGCUUUUUUUUUGGAAAUAUUCGACUACAUUCUGAAGUGUUUUCCUUUUUAUAUUACGAACGCGGAAAAUGAAAAACAUGUGGUUUUCAGUUAAAAACGGAAAAUAUAUAAUAUAUAGAAAGAAAUUGUCGUGUUUAAACACAAUAUUUUUAAGUAUUAUGUAGCGAUAUUAAUUUUGCAGACUAAUCGUUUAGUGUAAGACAUAAACAUAAACUACUGAGACGAACGCGUGUAUUCGACGUUGUCAACAAACAAGAAAAUAUUUCUACUGUUCUCUUGUAUAAGCGCUUUUAAAACAUUAUAUACAUACAAUAUCUUGAAAAAAUACAACAAACCACAAUUUAAGGCAAA